GCAGGGCGCGUCGUGUCGUUGCUUCCGCUUGCCUGGCCCCUCCCCCAUCCCCCACAAACCGCCUGAUUCCCCUGGAAGUUCUUAGGAGAAAAGGUCGUGGCUGUACAACAAGGUGGCGGCGCUGAUGGGGGACGGAGCAGCGGAGGUAAAUGUGUGAGGUACUGCCGUGCCGUGGCAAGCCGCGGGGCUUUUCUCCGCCCACAGCGAGGGACAGGCCGGAGGGCAGCCCCCUCCCUCCCUCCGCGCCGAGCACCGUGCACCGUGCACAGGCUUCAGCAGCCCUCUCCUCCCCUCUUCUCUCCGCCGCGGCGGUGCGGAGGGUGCUGCGCCGUCAGGCCGCUCUUCCCGCCGAGCGGCGGUGGGAUGUGGCGGCGGGGGGCGGUUCUGGGGAAAAACCCGGGCUCCCAGUCCCUGUGUGCCUGCGGGCAGGGGCACUGGGGCCUGGUCUCUGCUGCGCUGGUGCCGCGGCUGGCCCUGUGCUUGUGCCCCUGCUCCCGAGUGCUGUCAGACAUACCUAGUCUUGGUUCGUGUAAUUGCUGUGCCAUAGUGCUCUUUUCUAACUUGUUGAAAGAGUUAUCUUAGAGUAAAUCUAUACUGUAUAAAAUGAUAGAAACUUAUUUAAGACUUGCUUACUAGAGAAAAGUGAAAUAGGUAUGAAACAGAAGUCAUGAUGGGGAAACCGGCUGAAGUCUGAAGUUUCUGCAGUGUGUCCUGUGUGCGCAUGGACAUGUCGGUCAGAAGAUAGGUGCUACUUUAUUAAACAGUGAUAGUUCUGAAAAGUGAACUCUUAAAAAAAUUCCCACAGGAGGAGUUUGCUCCAGGAAGUGCGUAUGAUUACUAGGUACGGUCUCAGGGAGUUGAUUUUUCUUCCUGAAAAGGGGAGCUGUGAUGUCUGUGGUACAUCGGCUGACAGCGGGGUGGCUCGUGGAUCAUCUCUCUUUCAUCAACCAGUGUGGCUAUGAGAUCUGUGACUCCUUUGCAUACCCUGGUGGUGUCACCCUCGAUACUUCUGUCAUAUCUACUGGAGAUUGUCAUGCUACUUCUACCUUUGCUGCCACCUCCUCAUCAAGAGAUGGUCCUAUUCCUGGCCCUGGAGAUGUGAUAGAAACAGAAAGUAGAACAGCAAAAAUGAGAUACAUGUUUCGGGAGGAGUUCUUUGACGUUUCUAAGCCCCAUAUAGCUGCAGCUCCUGAGGAACAGCAGUGGCAGGGAUGCACUGAGGUGAGUCUCACAGAAAUAAAGGCCAGCAGCAACAGAGAGGAGCACCGAGAAGGAACCAAGAGUGGCAUCAGAGAUUCUGUUGCCAGUGCUAGGAAGAAACGUAAAAGGAAAUGUGUGUUCAACCAAGGUGAACUGGAUGCUUUAGAAUACCAUUCAAAGGUCAGGAACCUCAUUUGGGAAGGCACAUUGCAUUUAGUCCAAGAAGGACUCAAAAGUGGUUUUCUUCACCGCAAUACUGCAGAACUCAGUUGCAGGAAGAAUGUUGUUCCUGGGCACAUUGGCUGUGGGUUGGCUGAAUUAUGUGAAAUGGCAAAGCAGUUUCCAGCUGUGAAUGAAAGUGACCAUCAAGCUGUACAUGUGCUAGAUGAUGAAACCUCUAUUCCAGAGCAGGACCUGCUUUCGUGUGUUACAGAAAACAGCUCAAAUUCUGCAAAGAUAGUUGUGUUAAUGGGGCAGAAGUACUUGGUGCCACCAAAUAGCAGUUUUCUUUUAUCUGAUAUUUCGUGUUUACAGCCCCUGCUAAGCUACAAGAAAAAAUAUGAUGUAAUUGUGAUUGAUCCACCAUGGGAGAACAAGUCUGUUAAAAGGAGUAACAGAUACAGCCACUUGUCUUCAUGGCAAAUCAAGCAGAUUCCUGUACCAGCACUAGCUGCUCCAAAUUGUCUUGUAGUCACGUGGGUGACUAAUAGGCAGAAGCACUUACGUUUUGUUAAGGAUGAACUUUAUCCAUAUUGGUCUGUGAAAACACUUGCUGAGUGGCACUGGGUAAAAAUUACUAGAGCUGGAGAAUUUGUAUUGCCUCUGGAUUCUUUACACAAAAAGCCCUAUGAAGUUCUUGUAUUGGGAAGAGUUCAAGGAGAUGUAAAGGAAACCUUAAGGAAAUCUGAGGAUGUACUUCCAAUUCCAGAACAUAAGUUAAUUGUCAGCAUACCCUGCAGCCUGCAUUCACAUAAACCCCCUCUGACUGCUGCUUUGUGUAUCUCCAGCAGAAGAGUGCAGUGGGAAAUCUUGGGAACUCUGUCCUCCUGUGGCAACCCUGGCUUGUUAGGCCACGUUAUAGAAGUGGUUUUGGAAUUAAAAAGAAGGGUUCUGGCAGAUUUUAUCAAGACAGAUGUGGAAUGCUUGGAGUUGUUUGCUCGGAACCUACAGCCUGGCUGGACCAGCUGGGGAAACGAGGUUUUGAAGUUUCAGCACGUUGAUUAUUUCACUCUUCUGCAGAAUGAAACUUGAGUUGGGUCUUGUAGCUUAAUUGUGAAAUUCCACGCCUUCCUAGCAGACUCUCGAAGUUGCCUUUAUUAGUGAUGGUGCACUCAGAAGGUAACAGAAAUAAAACCAAUCGCACUUCAGUUAAAAUUCUUGAAGUGACAGGAUAUCUGUUUAAUGGUAUCUCCAUUUGUACAAGCUGGUCCUUUAUUCUGAUGAUCUUGAGAUAUUUAAAUACUGAUGUUAGAGUGUAAGUCCAUCCCUGUUUUUUUCAAACCUCAAGAAAAGAAAGAUAUUUUAAAGUAUUCUCACUGCAGCUAUCAAAUCUGAGCAUCAUAAGUGCUACAGUUUUGUACUUGUAUUAUUUUAAAAGAAUGAUAAUGUAUUAUUUUUAGAGAGUGGCAAUGGAAGGAAACAGUUCUGAAUUACAUGUUUCCUUAAAGAAGAUUGUUAUUUGCAAAACAGUGAAUUUUGAACUAAAAUAAUUAUGAAGACAGUGUAUACUCCUAUAUGUUUGUAUCUGUCUGUCUACCUUAGAGGAAAUAAAAGGAGCAGUGCUUGGGUUAAUUGGCAAAUGAAUUGUUCACUGACCACAUUCUAUGUAAAAUUACUUUUUAAAAACAGCCAGCAAUUCCAUCUUUCUGUAUAUGGUGUUAAUUGUUUGAAUAGAUUGUAAAUGAUCAGUCUCAACAUCUUACAAAUUCUGCAUAUGAAGCUGUUAAAUCUAACUGAAAUUUUAACAGAUUAUAAGUAUUUUAAAAGUUCUCUUUCCUUAUGUUCUUGGAACAUUAAAAAGCCAUGCCCGUGAGCU